AUGACUGUUGAUAAUGGCUCCUUAAAUGACUCCAUGAUUACCUACUUGAGAAGGAAGAUUAAGGGGUGGAAAGGGAUUGUUUUAGGUGGGGAAUUUCUUCAUGUUAGGUGUUGUGCCCAUAUAGUGAACCUGAUAGUCAAUGAAGGUUUAAAAGACCUACAUGAUUCCAUAUCUGCCAUUCGUAACGCUGUGAGGUAUGUGAGGUAUUCUCCGGCUAGGUUGCUGAAAUUCAAGUCAUGUAUGGAGCGAGAGAAAAUUGAAUACAAAUGUCUCGUAUGCUUAGAUGUCCCUACUAGAUGGAACUCCACCUAUAUGAUGUUAGAUGCAGCCAUUAAGUUUCAAAAGGCUUUUGAAAGAUAUGAAGAGGAAGAUGACAAGUUUGUGUCUUAUUCUCGGGAAGAUGAGGGGGGGAAGCGAAAGAUUGGGCCGCCACUUGAUGAUGAUUGGAAGAAUGUUAAGGUGUUUGUGAAAUUUCUGAAGACUUUUUAUGAUAUAACUUUGAAGUUUAGUGCCACUUUGAAUGUCACUUCGAAUUCUUACUUUCAUGAGCUGUGUGAGAUGCAAAACCAGCUAUCUGAAUUAAGCAAACAAGAGGAUUCAAUGCUUUCAUCCAUGGCUGUGAUGUAUGAUUCUUCCACUUCUGAAACAUUAGCAAAGAAUGUGAAGGAUACUAUGUACCGGCUGCAUAAGGUUUAUAGUAGGGACAAAGGUGAAUCUGUGGCUAAUGCAAGUAGUGGGAAGGCGGCAACAAUAAAUUUGUCAAAUUCUGUUGCAACACAUGAGGGGCAAAUUGGGAAUGAAGAUGCUAUUAUUCUAGAUUAA